GGGAUACGUUAUCGGAGGAGAGUGGAAAUGGGGCAAUAAUCAGAGAUGGCACUGCGGCGUGAGCGGCAGAUGUGAGUCAUCAGAGCCAUCAGUCAGGGAAGGCCCCAGAGCUCUCUGAAGUCUGUCCCAUCGUUCAUGCCAGCAGUGUGGGUGCCUCAGACCAGCUGGCCCCUGGUGAAGGGAUCCCCAUCUCUUCAGCCAGCCCCACUGUCCAGUCUGGAGACCGAAGGCCAUGUUCUCUAACUUCCUGGGCGGGGGCAACCCCCUCAAUGCCGUGUCCUCGGCAGCCAACAAGUUCAGCUUGUUCGGGGACGAGGGAGAGGAGGACAAGCAGAAGCAGCAGCAGCAGCAGCAGCAGGCCAAGCCCCCAGUCCAGCAGGGCAAUGGCCAGCCUGCAUCACAGAUAAAAGGUGGUCCAAAGCCGGGGGGUCAGCAACCCCGGGGUCCCUCUCCGCAGGGGCCCAGCAGAGGAGGGUCGCCACAGCAGGCAGGCCGGGGGAAACCUGGGACUCAGCAGCAGUCAGGAGCCCCUGGGCCUGGGGCUCGUGGCCCUGGAGGGGCCCCGGGAGCAUCCGCAUCGCCGGGGCCCACCACCAAAGCGGCAGCCCAAGGGAAAGGUGGCCCCGGGCCAGGGGGUAAAUCACUGUGCCCAAUAUGCAAGAACACGGAACUUAAUGUCCAGUCCAAGGAGCCUCCAAACUAUAAAAACUGUACUCAGUGCAAGAGCCAGGUCUGCAGCUUGUGUGGAUUCAGUCCUCCAGACUCAGGGGGGAAAGAAUGGCUUUGCCUGAACUGCCAGAUGCAGAGAGCACUGGCAGGUGCAGAACCUCCAGGUCCUCCCGUGAAGAAACCCCAGCCCCAGGCCAACAAACCCCCAGCAGCCUCACAACCUUCAAAGACUGGGCCUCCACCGUCAGCUUCUCCUGGCUCUCCUCAGAGAAAGCCACCCACGCAAACCCAGGACCCUGGGAAACCUCAGCAACAAAUGCCAAAGGGUGGAACCUCCCCUGCCAAAUCUGCAACACCACAGCCACAACCGCCCAAGCAGGAGUCCGGCUUGUUUGGCUUUAGUUUCGGUGGUAUGACAGACACUGCAAGAUCCAGGUCUCCAUCACCUCAACCUGCUGCUGAGGCAGUUACUGGGAAGGUGAUGGGCUUUGGCUCAUCACUAUUCAGCUCAGCAUCAAGCAUGAUCAACAUGGAGUCGACUCCCACACCACCUACAACCCGUAAAGAGUCUGUGUCAGCCCAGGGUCCUCCGAAGGGUCCACCAUCUUUAGAUUCGAAACCACCUGCUGUUCAGAAACCAGAGGCAAAGAAAGCAGAGCCUCUGCAACAGACCAAGGCCACUUCAGCUCCAAGCAAAAAGGAAGACCCCUCAACAGGGCCCCAGAAAAAGGAUGGACCCUCCCCGCCUCCCUCCAAAACAGCUUCUUCAUCCUGUCCACUCUGCAAGGUUCAACUCAACAAGGGCUCCAAGGAUCCUCCCAACUACAACACCUGCACAGAAUGCAAAAGCACUGUAUGCAACCAGUGUGGAUUUAAUCCCAUGCCACACGUGAAAGAGAUCACUGAAAAGGGAGCCUCCCCUGCCAAAUCCAUUCCCCCUCCCCAACCUGAACCUGCUAAAGAAGAGUCUAGCUUUUUUGGCUUUGGUUUUGGUGGGAGCAAAGACACAUCACGAUCCCGCUCUCCCUCACCGCAGCCCCCAGGAUCUGUCUCUGGAAAGGUUUUUGGCUUUGGUUCUUCAAUAUUCAGUCAAGCAUCUAAUUUAAUUUCAUCUGCAGUGCAGGAUGAGGGCCCCACAAAAUCUCCAACUGCUCCCACAUCGGCUAAGGCCUUGUCCCAAGUUUUAGGGUUUGGUUCCUCUAUGUUCAGCUCAGCGUCUACUUUUAUCAGCUCAGCUGUGCAGGAUGAACCAUCAAACAAACAAACAGGAGAAAAAAUGGCCACCCCACAAGACUCAGGCUUCUUUGGAUUUGGUUUUGGUAAAGAUAAAUCUCAGCCUGUACAGACUCAGUCCACAGAAUCUGUAUCUGGCAAAGUUUUUGGCUUUGGUUCCUCUAUAUUCAGCUCGGCAUCCAACUUUGUGUCAUCAGCUGCCCAGGGUGAGUCCAUAGCUACAACGUCUACUAAAGAUGCAAUAAAGUCACAGUCAACAUCCGUAGGUUCUGUGUCUGGUAAAGUUAUGGGCUUUGGAUCCUCUAUUUUCAGCUCAGCAUCUAAUUUAGUUACAUCAUCUACACAUGAUGAGCCUUCAGAAAUGCAGACUACUAUGCAGAAAGACCAUGCAUCACCGCAAGUCUCACCCAAACCAACAGUUGCUGAGACAAAAGGACCUCCUGCAACCAAGGUAGAAACUAAAUCAGAAAAGAAGACCAGUGAGAGUGAUGGCAGUGAACCAGAGAAAAUGGGUUCAAAAGAACAAGCUAAAACAGAGAAGAAACCAGAGGAAAAGACAGACAAGGCAGCAUCAAUGGCAACACAAAAACAAGAGGCCAAAACAGGCCAAAAUGAACCUCUGACCAUGAAAUCAGCAGAAAACACAGCUAUAAGGAAGCCUGAUGAGAAGACAGAUAAAAAAGCAUCUAAAGAACGUAUGCCUGAAGCAAAGGAAGAGAUUAUGAUAUCAGGUAAGGACUGUGAGUCAAAAGUAAAGGAUAGUGAGAGAUCAGAAGAAAAGCAAAUUGAUCAGAAAAAACAGGUGGUUACAAAACCAGAGAUUCGAAAGUCAGAGGAUGGAAAAAACAAAAUUGCUGAAGAUAAAGAUAAGGAUAGGCAAGUCACUCAAACACAGGGAACGAAUCAAGUGGAUAAAACAUUAGACAGUCCUAACUCCAAGGAUAUACCUCCCACAAAACUGACUAUACAGUCACCUCAGAAGAAGACCACAGAAGAAACUACAAAAACAGAUGUUUCAAAAUCUGUUAAAAGCAGCGCAGAAAUUGCUGCUCAAGUACAAAAACCUCCACAGGCCCAACCACCACCACCACCAACACAACAAAAGAGUACAACAGUCACUAAAGAGCCUAACAUCAACCAACAUAUACAAAAUCCUUCAUCACAAAAAUCUACAGAAGUUCCAAGUAAACCACCACAGCAAAUACCUAAAAGCCCUUCAAAAAUCCAACCACAAACUCAGACCGAAUCUCCAAAGCAGGAUUCUGGAUUCUUUGGCUUUAGCUUUGGUGGUGCUAAAGACAGAUCCCGAUCUCAGUCUCCAUCAACUCAGCCAGCAGAUGUGAGUGGGAAGGUGUUAGGUUUCGGCUCUUCCAUUUUUAGUUCUGCAUCAAGUUUUAUCACCUCAUCUGUAAAGGAUGAACCAUCUUCUGCAGUCACACCUACUCAAAAAGAACCUGCACCAAGCCAGCCGUCUAACAGGAAGCAGUCUGUAUCAAAUACUAAACCAGUAGUUGCAAAGAAGAUUGACAAUGUAAAAUCAGAUGAAGGAAAAGAAAGGAAAGGUGACAAUGAUGAUCACAAAAAAGAUGGCGAAAAGGUAGAUAGCAAAAAACACGAGGUGCAAAAUAUUGAACAAGUGAAGAUAGAACAACAAAUUCAAAAGUCUGCUGCAGCCAGUGAUUCUGCACAAAAAGAGCCAAGACCUCUAGCAGAGAAAACAGAAAAAACAGAACCUGUGAAACAUGUAGCCAAAUCAAUAGAUCAGAAAAUAUCUCCUGAAAAUAACACCACAGGCAGUAAGAUAUCCUUAGAUACAGCCAAAACAGCAGUGAGCAAGACACCCAUCACAACACCAGAUAAGCAAGCACAACCACAGAAUUUUAAGCAGCAGGUACCGGCACAACCUCAACAAUCACCAACCCCCUCUCCUGCAAAAUCUGUUCCACAAUCUCAACCAGGGCCUCCAAAGCAGGAAUCCAGCUUUUUUGGCUUCGGAUUUGGUGGGGGGAAAGAGGCUCCUAAAGUCACAUCUGCACCAAAGACUAAUGAGUCUGUAUCGGGAAUGCUGUUUGGUUUUGGUGGGGCAAAAGACACAGCUAGGUCCAGGUCACCUUCGCCUCAGCCCACAGGGUCUGUCUCUGGGAAGAUGUUUGGUUUUGGUUCCUCCAUACUCAGUUCAGCCACAAAUUUGAUGACUUCAGCCGCUCCGGAUGUGACACCCAGUAACCAGCCAACGCAGAAGGAGGCUUUGACAGCCCAGCCCUCACCUAAGAAAACAGGAGAAAAACCAGGACUGCAACAGAACCAAGAAAAAACUUCCCAACAGUCGGGAAAAACCCCAUUGCCAGAGUCAAAAGCAGGUCCGCCAGCUAAGACAGCCACAUCCUCAUGCCCACUCUGCAAAGUAGAUCUCAACAUAGGCUCCAAGGAAGCCCCCAACUUCAACACCUGCACUGAAUGCAAGAGUGUUGUGUGUAACCUCUGUGGAUUCAAUCCAGUGCCACACCUCACAGAAGUGAAGGAAUGGCUCUGCUUGAAUUGCCAGACACAACGGGCUCUUGGUGGCAUGGCACCUCCAGAGCCUCCCAAGGCGACGUCUGAUAAAGUCUCUGCAGUCUCUAAGCCGUUGGGCAAAGAUGCAACAGUUGUAGAUGCUAAAGAUAAGAAGGCUGUACCACCUGCAGUUGCCCAAGAAAAAGACAAAGGAAGUGAGAAACCAACCACAUCUGAAAACAAGCCCUCUGGUCAGAAAGCUGAACAGCCUGCCAUGAAAGCAGAGGCUUCUCCAGCAACUCCCUCAAAAGCAGAACCGCCCAAGCAAGAGUCUGGCUUGUUUGGCUUUAGUUUAGGUGGUCUCACAGACACUGCAAGAUCCAGGUCUCCGUCACCUCAACCUGCUGCUGAGGCAGUGUCUGGGAAGGUGAUGGGCUUUGGCUCUUCCCUGUUUAGCUCGGCAUCCAAUCUUAUCAGCUCUGCAGUCCAGGACGAGUCGACUCCCACACCACCUACAACCCGUAAAGAGUCUGUGUCAGCCCAGGGUCCUGCGAAGGCUCCACCAGCUGCAGAGGCUAAACAAUCUGUUGUGCAGAAACCAGAGGAGAGGAAGCCCGAGGGAAAGCCGGCAACGGAACCUCAGAAAAAAGAAUCUCAGUCAAGUCCAAACAGUUCAUCCUGUCCCCUAUGUAAAGUUGCCCUAAAUGUGGGCUCGAAAGAUCCUCCAAACUACAACUCUUGCACUCGAUGCAAAGCAACUGUAUGCAAUUUAUGUGGCUUUAAUCCAACGCCACACCUGACUGAGGCCAAGGAAUGGCUCUGUCUGAACUGCCAGAUGCAGCGAACUCCUGGACCUCCGAUGUCGCCGCAAGUCAGUAAAACACCCACACCAUCUCAGCCCCAACCCAAAACACCAUCUUCUCCUCAGAAGAAAGAAGCCAAACCCUCCGACAAAACGGAACCCACACCGCAGAAACUUCCUCCAAAGGAAGACCCUGGUAAACCACAACAACUGCCAAAAGGAGCAUCGUCUCCAGCCAAAACAUCUCCACAACCAGAAGCUAAACAGCCCAAGCAGGAGUCUGGCUUAUUUGGCUUUGGCUUUGGUGGUCUAACUGACACAGCUCGGUCCAGAUCUCCCUCACCACAACCUGCUGAGUCAGUGUCUGGAAAGGUUAUGGGCUUUGGCUCAUCACUGUUCAGCUCAGCAUCAAGCAUGAUCAACAUGGAGCCGACUCCCACACCACCUACAACCCGGAAAGAGUCUGUGUCAGCCCUGGGUCCUGCAAAGGCUCCACCAGCUUCAGAGGCUAAACAACCUGCUGUGCAGAAACCAGAGGAGAAGAAGCCUGAGACUCCUGUAAAGGCCACUGUCCAAACAGCUGCAGAGAGCAAACCACACACUGUUCAGAAACCAGAAAAGAAACAAAAUGAAAUGGAGGCAAAGGUUCCUGCACCAGAUAAAACGCCAACAGUUAAAAAGGAAGAACCUCCAUCCAGAUCUAAAGAAACGCAACCGGGUAAACCAGGGGUGAAGUCAUCUUGUCCUCUUUGCAAAGAAGACCUUAACAUUGGCUCAAAGGACCAACCCAACUACAACACUUGCACAGAAUGCAAAACUGUAGUUUGCAAUCUUUGUGGAUUCAAUCCAAUGCCUAAUGUUGCAGAGGUUAAGGAAUGGUUAUGUUUGAAUUGCCAAACACAGCGAGCCCUUCGUGGAGUGGAGCCCCCUCCGCCAAUUCCACAACAGGUGAAGAAAGCACCCACAGCUGAUGCUCAGAAACCACAGCAGCAAGACUCAGGGAAACCUCAACAGAAGCCUGCAGAAGGACCUACUCCGGCUAAACCUGUGGCGGCGAAGGCAGCGGAGCAACCCACACAAGAGGGUGGUUUCUUUGGAUUUGGAUUUGGAGGAGCAGUAGACAAAGCACGGUCUCGGUCACCAUCUCCUCAACCCACAGAGGCAGCGGGGAAGGUUUUUGGGUUUGGCUCCUCCUUCCUCAGCUCUGCGUCUAAUUUGAUCUCAUCUGCAGUACAGGAUGAGACCCCUCCAACACAGCCCUCGUCGCGAAAAGGUUCCAUCCAACCUCAGACUCCAUCCCAACCAGCUUCAAGAAAGGGAUCAGUACAGGCCCAAACUCCAUCUCAGCCUCCCUCCAGGAAGGGUUCUGUUCAACCACCACCUUCAUCUAAGGCUCCUCCUGAAAAAGAUAUUAAGCCAUCAGUUGCACCUGAUCAGAAACCAGAUGAUAAGAAAACAGAGGAAAUAAAACCAGAGGAAAAGAAAAUUGAGGUGGUUCCACCAGCAAAGACACCUUCAACACAGUCAGCAGAAUCAGUCUCUGGGAAAGUUUUUGGAUUUGGCUCUUCCUUCCUCAGUUCUGCCUCUAAUUUGAUAACUUCUGCAGUCGAGGAUGAGUCUCCGUCACAACCAGCUUCAAGAAAGGGAUCAGGACAAGUCCAACCUCCAUCUCAUCCACCAUCGCAGCCUCCUUCCAGGAAGGGCUCUGUCCAACCACAAUCUCCAGCUAAGGUUCCUGUGGCAACAGACACCAAGCCAUCUGUUCCAUCUGAUCAGAAACCAGAGGAUAAGAAACCAGAGGAAGUAAAACCAGAGACAAAGACAAUAGAACAGGCUCCACAAGCCAAGGCACCCUCUACGCAGACUGAAGAAUCAGUCUCUGGGAAGGUGUUUGGAUUCGGCUCGUCCUUCCUGAGCUCUGCCUCUCAUAUGAUCUCGUCUGCAGUACAAGAUGAGAAGCCUCCAACACCGCCCACUUCACGAAAGGGCUCUGUUCAAUCUCAGGCCCCUUCCCAACCAGCUUCAAGAAAGGGAUCAAUACAGGCCCAGCCUCCAUCUCAGUCUCCAACGCAGUCUCCCUCCCGGAAAGGUUCUGUCCAACCGCAAACUCCAACCAAGGUUCCUCCUGCAACCGACAGCAAGCCGUCAGAUGUAUCAGAUCAGAAACUAGAGGAUAAGAAACCAGAGGCAAUAAAGCCAGAGACAAAGACCAUAAAAGAGGCUCCAUCCUCAGCUAAGCCUGAAGAAUCAGUCUCUGGCAAAGUCUUUGGAUUCGGCUCUUCCUUCCUGAGCUCUGCUUCUAGUAUGAUUUCGUCUGCAGUACAAGAUGAGAAGCCUCCAACACCGCACACUUCACGAAAGGGCUCUGUUCAGUCUCAGUCCCCUUCCCAACCAGCUUCAAGAAAGGGAUCGAUACAGGCACAGCCACCAACACAGUCUCCCUCCAGAAAGGGUUCUGUCCAACCGCAAACUCCAACCAAGGUUCCUCCUGCAGUAUCAGAUCAGAAACUAGAGGAUAAGAACCCAGAGGCAAAGACAAUAAAAGAGGCUCCAUCCUCAGCUAAGCCUGAAGAAUCAGUCUCUGGCAAAGUCUUUGGAUUUGGCUCUUCCUUCCUGAGCUCUGCUUCUAAUCUGAUCUCGUCUGCAGUACAAGAUGAGAAGCCUCCAACACCACCCACUCCAAGAAAGGGAUCAAUACAGGCCCAGCCUCCAUCUCAGUCUCCAACACAGUCUCCCUCCAGAAAGGGUUCUGUCCAACCGCAAACUCCAACCAAGGUUCCUCCUGCAACCGACAGCAAGCCAUCAGAUGUAUCAGAUCAGAAACUAGAGGAUAAGAAACCAGAGGCAAUAAAAUCAGAGGCAAAGACAAUUAAAGAGGCUCCAUCCUCAGCUAAGCCUGAAGAAUCAGUCUCUGGCAAAGUCUUUGGAUUUGGCUCUUCCUUCCUGAGCUCUGCUUCUAGUAUGAUCUCGUCUGCAGUACAAGAUGAGAAGCCUCCAACACCACCCACUUCACGAAAGGGCUCUGUUCAGUCUCAGUCCCCUUCCCAACCAGCUUCAAGAAAGGGAUCGAUACAGGCCCAGCCUGCAUCUCAGUCUCCAACGCAGUCUCCCUCCAGAAAGGGUUCUGUCCAACCACAAACUACAGCCAAGGUUCCUCCUGCAACAGAUGGCCAGACUUCAGUUGCAUCUGAUCAACAAGCAGGGGAUAAGAAAACAGAGGGCAUGAAACCAGAGGCAAAGAAAAUGGAGGAGGCAUCAGCCAAGGCACCCUCAACUCAGCCUGCAGAAGCAGUAGCAGGAAAGGUUUUUGGAUUUGGCUCCUCCUUCUUCAGCUCUGCCUCUAAUUUGAUAAGCUCUGCGGUCCAGGAUGAGACUCCAUCCCAACCAGCUUCAAGAAAGGGAUCAGUACAGGCCCAGCCUCCGUCUCAGCCUCCGUCUCAGCCUCCCUCUAGAAAAAGCUCUGUUCAAUCCCAAGCUUUGCCUAAAGUUCCUCCUGCAACAGACGGCAAACCAUCCAUGGCAUCUGCCCAGAAAACAGAGGAAAAGAAACUGGAGGCAAAGAAAGAAGAGGCACCAUCAGCCAAGGUACCUCCGCCUCCAACUGCAGAGUCCAAACCAAAAGGUUUUGGAUUCGGUUCCUUCCUUAGCUCGGCCACCAACUUGAUCACAUCAGCUGUUCAGGAUGAGGCACAAGAAAAUAAACCAGAGGCAAAGAAAGUAGAUGAGGCUUCCCAGGGCAAGGAACCACCAGGACUCACUUCCAGAACAGCUCAACCAUGUCCAUUGUGCAAAGUGGAGCUUAACAUAGGCUCAAAGGAGCCUCCUAAUUAUAACACUUGCACACAGUGCAAGUCUACUGUCUGUAACCUUUGUGGAUUCAAUCCAAUGCCACAUGUCACAGAGGUUCAGGAGUGGCUCUGCUUGACAUGUCAGAUGCAGAGGGCAACUGCUGGAAUGGAACCACCUGGGCCACCCAUGAUGAAACCUCUGCCACAACCUGUGAAGGCUGCUGCUGCAUCACCACCCCAAAAGAAAGAAGUCCCUGCUACCACAACACCACAACCAAAGGAGCCUGCAGCUCCAGCAUCACCUAAAGUCAAAGCUGCCCCUGUGCCAUUACCACUGAAUACUGCAGAGGCUGCACCACCUCCUAAAAAGGGUGAGACAACCCCACCGGCCUCACCUAAAGUGAAGGAGGCACCAACACCACCUUCCCCAAAACUGAAAGAUGCUCCUGCACCAGCAUCACCAAUAAAAGAUGUGGCGGACGCUGGAAGAAGGCAGUCAACCCCAGGUGUUUCAAGAGAAGCUAGUGAAACUGGAUCUCCAAACAGAAGACAGUCCUCCCCAGCUCCAGCAGCAGCUACACCAGGGUCACCUCUUGCAGGCUCUUCCCAAAGGCAGCCGGCCCCGGUGAGGAAAGCAAGCAUGGAUGCUGGUGCCCCAGGGCGCAAGCUGUCGUCUGCAGGAGCAUCCCCUCCUCCAGCUUCACCACCAGCAACUCCUCAAGGCAGGAGGCCAUCCAGCCCAGCAUUACCACCCAGCCCAGGUUCACCAAAGACUAAACAGGCUCCAACUCCUGGGUCUCCAAAACUGAAAGAAGCUCCCGCACCACCCUCACCAUUAACAAAGGAUGACGCAGAUGCAGGUUCCCCAAGCAGGAGACAGUCCUCCCCUGCAGUACCUGCUAAGCCAGCUUCACCUACAGCAGCAGCACUUAGAAGACAGUCAUCACCAAUCACCAAAUCGACGGAACAACCAGUAACACCACAGACACCUCCACAAAAGCAGCCCAUCAAACAGGAACAGCCAGUGCAGGCACCAACUAAACCCACUACCACAACACAAGACGAAGCAACUAAACAAGAACCAGGAUUCUUUGGAUUUGGAUUUGGUAGUAAGGCCAAACCAAAAGAACAGCCUCCUCCCGCCCCUGCAAAGCCUGCAGAGUCCGCUACUGGGAAACUGUUCAGCUUUGGAGGUCUCACAGACACUGCACGGUCUCGCUCACCUUCACCUCAGCCAGCAGAAUCAGUUUCAGGGAAGGUCUUUGGCUUUGGUUCAUCUAUCUUCAGCUCUGCAUCCAACCUGAUAUCAGGUCAGGAUGAGCCAUCUCCUACUCCACCCACUUCCCGUAAAGCAUCUGUGGCAUCGCAGGGUGCCACUAAGCCACCUAUAGUAGCAGAAACGAAACCACCUGCUGCACAAAAACCAGAAGUUAAGAAACCAGAGGCUGUGUCAGAGAAGGGAGCACCUGUGGCUCCUACCAAAACGGAUGAAACUCCAUCCAAACCUGCAGAGACAAAACUUCCAACAGCACCAACAGAAGGCUCUUGUCCACUUUGCAAAGUGAACCUUAACAUAGGCUCCAAGGAUCCUCCAAACUACAACACUUGUACUGCAUGCAAGAAUAUGGUGUGUAAUCAGUGUGGAUUCAAGCCUAUGCCACAUGGAACUCAGGUUGACGAGUGGCUCUGUCUGAACUGUCAGAUGCAGAGGGCCCUUGGUGGCAUGGAGCCUCCUGGCCCACCUAUGAAGAUGUCUCCGGCUCAACCAAGCAAAGUCUCGGCUCCACCUUCAGCACAGACAAAAGAAACUCCACCCAGUGCAGGACAACCAGAACAGAAACCGCCUGCGGUGGCUGAAAAACCACCAGCGCUACCCUCUGCUGCUGCCGCAAAGCCACCUGCUGCUGUGGCACCGGCACCACCAGCCCCACAGCAAAAAGUGGCUGCAGAACCUCAGGCUGGGAAACCUCCUCCGCAGCAACCUCCAAAAGGGCCAACGCCACCCCCUGCAAAGGCAGCACCUCCCGCUCAGCCAGAACCUCCCAAGAAAGAUUCUGGAUUCUUUGGGGGCUUUGGUUUUGGUGGAGCAAAAGAGACUCCAAAAUCCCAGCCGGCACCUCCACCCAAGCCAGAAGAAUCGGUUGCUGGCAAGUUCUUUGGGUUUGGAGGUCGCCCAGACACUGCUCGAGCUCGAUCUCCUUCUCCACAACCUGCCGAGUCUGGUGUGUCUGGAAAGGUUAUGGGCUUUGGGUCAUCACUGUUCAGCUCAGCAUCAAGCAUGAUCAACAUGGAGUCGACUCCCACACCACCUGCAGCCCGUAAAGAGUCUGUGUCAGUCCAGGGUGCUCCAAAGGCUCCACCAGCUACAGAGACUAAACAACCUGCUUUGCAGAAACCAGAGGACAAGAAACCUGCCGCGCCUGCUCAGGCUCCUGCAAAACCUCCAGUGAAGCCAACCGAAGCCCCAGCUCCUACAGGAGCCAAAACAACGUCCUGCCCACUUUGCAAAGUGGAUCUCAAUAUUGGGUCCAAGGAUGCUCCCAACUACAACACCUGUACGGAGUGCAACAACACAGUGUGUAACCUUUGUGGAUUCAACCCUAUGCCACAUCUUGGCCAGAAGGAGUGGCUCUGUCUAAAUUGCCAGACCCAAAGGGCGCUCGCUGGACAGCUGGGUGGAGGGGAGAAGAUUGCAGCACCACAGCCUGUGCCUGUGAAAGCGGAAAAGCAGCAGCCAGCACCUCUUCCAGUCCAGCCUGCUGCCACCAAAGGGCCUGCAGCACCCGCCCCUACUCCUGCUGCAGCCAAACCAGCGCCCCCCAAAGAGGAAGCCGUACCCACUAAGGAGACAGAGCUCCCUGCUUCAGCUGCUCCAGCUGCAGCUGUACCUGCAGCAGUGCCCAAGGAUGCCCCUGUUACUGCUGCCACUCCGGCGGCAGAAUCAGUGCCCAGCAAACCACAAGCUGUGCCGCCUGCCUCGGCUGCUCCGACUGCUGGUGCUGAGAUGGCACCCAAGGAGCAAGCUGAGGCUGUGGCGACAGUCAAGAAGGAGGCAGACAAGGCAGUGGAGCCUGGAAAGGCAGUCCAACCAGAGAAGGUUCUUGCUGAGCCAGCUCAAACUAACAUUCCCACUGCCGAGCUUAAGCCAGCAGUGGCUGUUCCUCAGGUUCAACAGGUAGUGCAUGCUGUGUCUGGUGACGUUGAUGUUGAUGUCUGUGCCGUCCAUGUCCUUGAUGUUGUUGAUGUCCUUGUCAAAGAGGAUGACAGAGACAAGGAAGUCCUCGCAGAGGAACAUCCUGACAGAAAUGGGGAGAUCAUGGAGCCUGUAGAUAGACCUACAGGAGACUUGGAGAUCAAACAACCGAUAGAUGAUGAGGGACAGCACAAGUCAGUGGACAAAACAGCAGAAUUGAUUGACACGACCACAGAGUCUUCAGAGCUUUCUGUGGAAGAGCAGUCUGGAACAGACCUUGAAUCUCCUGAGGCGGUUUGUGAUGCAGGAGAAAAGCCUGAGGUACAUUAUAACAAGGAGAAUGUCCCUGGGGGUGGAAGUGAGGAAGUGUCUGUAGUUAGUCAGAAAACUACUGAAAUUAUAUGUGGAGUGGAGGAGGCAGAGAUAUGUAAUGGAAAGACUGACCUGUAUUCCACCACUUUAGAUGAAGAGGCUAUGGUGCCGGUCUAUGGAUCAAAAGAUGAAUCUGAAAUUCAACCACAAGUCCCCUCCGAUCAAAGUGUUAAGGAUGAAGUCCUUACCACUGACGUAAAGGACCCAAGAGUACGGGACAUCAUGCGGAUCUCUCCAGAAUCAUAUAGUUCUGCUGAGGAAGAACUAAGGACCAUACAGCAAGUCAGUGAAGAGGAUUCAAAGCCUAUGACCACAGAGAAACUGCAAACUCAAACCUCUGUCACAAGAAGGCGGUUAGAAUACAUAGAGGACAGUAGUGAGACGGAUUCCUCAUCUAAACUGCAUAGGAGAAGCUCUGCAUCCUCAAUCAGUGAAGAACUGAAAGCAGAUACUCCUGACUCAAUUGAUGAUGAGGAAUUCAUUCGAGGACAGCUCUUGGAAAUGGGGGCUGAUAUGGACUUAACACCAUCUGAAGAAGACCUCAGUGCAAGGAAAGACGCCGCUCUGGAGACAACGGAUGCUGCCACAGAGAAGCCAAAACGUGUGCUUAAAAGACUCAGCGUUGAACUUAUCAGUCCAGAUAAAAGCCUAUCAUCAGAGGAUCUUGAUUCUGAGCAAAUUCAUGUAAUUCCUCUUUCUCAAACAGUAAGCAGAGAGGAUAUGGAUGCUUCAAUUGACACCACAGCAUAUGCUAAGGCCAUUGAUACUAGCAGUGUAAUUGUUGCUAUGGCAGACAAUGGAGCUCCACGGCGACAGAGCACUGAGGAAGCUGAUGUAUCAGUAGGCAGUAUGGUGGAAUCAAUAAGUGAGCGCUCAAAAGGUGAUGCAUCCUCCAGUCUCCAAGCCUCUAGCUUUACACCAGGGACAGCUUCACCCACGUCUGUGUCUUCUCUUGAUGAAGACAGUGACAGCAGUCCAAGACAUAGGCGGAAAAGUGGAGAGGGCAAGCACAAGAAAGCCAAGCAGCGACAGCACGGUGUUGGACUUCCUACCAUUGAGGACUCAUCUGAGGAGGAAAUGCUUGGAGAUGGAGAUCAGGAAACACUUGCUGAAGCUGAUCAGAGCAAGAAGGUAUUGAGGAAAGGCAAAAGAGAUAAAGAAGAAUUGCUCAGGACAUCUGGAUCAGAAGUCUCACCGAGCAUUGAAUCUGAAGCUGAAAUUCCCAAAGAGACACCUGAAGUAAUGGCAAUAGAGCCCUCUGUCUAUCCAUGUAUUCCACCUGAAGAUCAACAACUAGAGAAAGCUCUAAAGAGUGCAGAUGACGCUUAUGAAGAAAUGAUGCGAAGUGUUCGGGCUAGGCAGUCCAGAACGAGUAUCACACAUAGUGAGGUUGAACCUUUGUAUGGUGGAAUGUCUAUUGAAGACUAUGCAUAUGAGUCAUUAGUUGAGGGGCCGUCUCGCACUGACCAAGAGUCAGAGGCAAGCAGACUUGCAGUGCAAGAGUCUAUGAAAAAGUUAAGAACCCCUGAAGAAGUGUAUGAAGAAAUGCUGAAAAAUGGAAAAUUAACAAGUCCUUCUUCAGAACCUGAUACUUGCUAUGUGACAAUGGCAGGAAGUGAAGGACAGCCAUACUUAGAGGCACAACUAGAAGGACUGACACCUGGAACAAGUCCCUCACAGACAAGUCCAGUCUCUCCAGUGUCUCUAACAUAUUCCCCAUCAUAUGACUCUCCUCAUGCAAGUGGAGAAGAGCAAGUGGCUCAGGAAGAAGAGCUACCAUUAGAUUUGAGUCCAGUUCGAACAACAACUCUUUUCCCAAUUCCCGAUCUAAGGAUCAUUCAGUGCUCCUCUGGUGAAGAAGAGGUCGAGGAAGGUGACAGUAGUAGCUACGAUCCUCAGGUUUCCGCAAGUGCAGACAGUUCUGAGCCUGAAGUUGACUUGGAAAAUCAAGUUGUAGUCUCUGUGUCACCUCCAGCUGAGGCCACCGUAGAUACAGAGCCUAUAUCGGUUGUCUGCGCGGUGCCCACACCUACGCCUAUAGCAAAACCAGCUAUAGUCCUCCCAGUACAAGACACAGUUCUUUCACCAGAGGUGUCACCAUCUUCUUCAUCUCCAGAUUCAAGUUUGUCAAUGACUACAGCCGCCUCAUCCUCACCACUGUCUGAUCAUACUCCAAUCUCCCAAGCUCCAGUGGUAAUUCCAAUCCCAGACUCUGAAGCAGACAUGUCUGACCAAAAACAACCCUCUGCAGUUGCAGCAUUGAAAGAGAAAGUUGCAGCUCCAAUUCCACCACCUGCUCCACCAAAGGUUUCUGCUCCAACUCCUGUUUCAAAAGUAACUUCUGCUCCACCUCCCAAGCCAGUCAUAGUUUCCAUACCUGAUGUUGUAUCGCCUCCAGUACCAUCUUCAAUUACAAAGCCAGUUGUAAAACCCAAACCAGUCGCACCAUUACCACCAACAGGUAUGGCAGCAGUGUCAAAACCUGCUGUUAUGACACCCAGUCCUGCCCCAAUAACUUCGGCUUUACACCAGGUUGCAGCUUCUGCUCAACAACCAGCACCAUCAGUUCAACCCUCAGCCACAAGUCCAGUUAUUGUCCAAAUGCCAGAUCUCGUUUCAUCACCAACCUCAACUCCAAGCCCAGGUCCUCCUCCUCAACCACCCUCUAUGCCUGUACCUCAGUCAGUUCAGGCAGAUGUUCCCAUUCAGGCUGCAGCACCAACACAGGGAGCUGCUCCAUCACCAGUUUCUGCACAUAGGCCAGUUGUAGCUCCUAAGCCCCAGCAAGUCCCAGUAGUUGUACAGAUGCCAGAUUUGGUUUCUGCUUCGUCUCAGGUUGCAGUUCCCUCACCACCUCCUGUUACUGCAGUUGCUUCAGCUGAGGCUGCAGCUCCAACAACUCAAACCCCUGUCUCAGUCUCCAUACCAAUGCCAUGUCAAAGUCCAACAGCAGAAGAGUUAAAUGCAGCUGUCCCCAUAGCUCAGAGACAGCCACCGGUACCUGCUUUGACUACUUCUGUCUUACAGCCACAGGCUGUAGUGGCUUCAGCUUCAGCUGUUGUGCCAGAUGUACCACCUACAGCAGUCCCAGUAGUGUCCCCAACUAUAACUACUACUGUAGCAUUUGGCACACACCCACUGCAGUCUGUGGUGGUGGACAUUCAAUCUGGAAUCGAAGGAGUGCAACCACCAGCAACUGCUCUGUCUUCCACACCCUCACAGAUACUACCAACUGUACAGACCACACAAGGGCAUGUUGUAAUCAUAGUCCCCCGUGGUGCUUCAUUCGAGAACAUAUCAGUGGUCAACCAGACAGCACAAGAGAUUGUUGCAAAUUCUAUUGCGUUAGCAGCUGCUGGUGCACGUAAUGAGAUAAGCACUGCAGUAUCACCUGAAAAGACAGUGACUCCACAGCCCAUCACAGCAGCAGCAGAAAUCAAGGCCCAGCCUGUUCCUGUGUCAACUACACCUCCCACAUCGGUGGUGGUGGAGUCUCCAGCGGAAGCUCCGGUAGUGAAACAAAUGGUCACUCCUGCUCCUAAGCCUGUACUUCCACCUCCAGUUCCUCCCAAGCCCACAUGCAUUCCAGCUGGGUUAAAAUUCACUCACAGGCCAGGAGAAAUUGUUCAUCCACCACUCUCUCCUCAGCCCGUUCCUACUCAAAAGGUUAUGCCUGACAUUCCUAAAGCUGCUACAUUACCAAGGACCAGAGAACCACCCAAUGCUCUGUCUUUUAGUCUGACAACCCCUGCUCAGUCUAAGCUAAGUGCCACAUCUCCUAAAUCUCCUAUAUCACCCAGAUUUGCAAAAUGCUUGGAGACCUAUGUGGUCAUCACUUUGCCAUCAGAGCCAGGGUCACCUGUCGAAGGAAUAACCACCCAAGCUCCUCUACGACGUGGAUCUCUCCCAACUGCAAGUCGUCCUGCAGGGUCGGUUUCAUCGGCGCCACUGCCAAAACCAAGACCACAGCAAACUCCAUUACCACCUGCACCAGUUUCCCAAACAGAACAAGUCUUGGCUGCAUCCAAAGAUACACAACAAGUGAUAUCAGCUCCAUUUCCACAACCAAGACCCGAAGAAGCAGUUAUGCAAGUGGUGGCUAAACCCAAACCAGUGCAACCAGUAACUAUAGAAAUGGAGGAAGUGGUGGCAGCUCCACCUAUGCCACCCCCUCAACCUUUGGAAAGUGCUCCACCUCUGGCAAGAACACAACCCAUAGCCCCAGAGCUUUCAGAGCCAGUGAUGCCCCCACCAGUGCCAAUGCUACCUGUGGCUGCACAGCCUCAGAUACUACAACAACCAGUUGCAUUUGUGCCUGACCAGGCCAUGUUGCAGGAUGUUCAGCAAGUACCAAUGCAUCCAGUCCCAACAGUACCUGCUCAGACCAUAUUACCAGCACCAGGUCUACCUGAGGUUGCUCCAACGGUACCCCCACCGGCUGUUUCCCCUAUGGUUGUUGCAACUGUACCACUGCAGCCUGUUUCACCAAUGAUUCCCCUGGAUGUGCCGCCACCACCACCACCGAUUUCUCCUGCAAUUGCCCAAAUGGUUCCUCCACUACCACCAUUGCCCCACAUGGUCCCACCACCGCCUAUGUCACCAGCAGUUGGCCAAAUGGUUCUCCCAACACCUCCAGUUGCCCAAAUGGUUCCCCCAUCUGUUUCACCAGUGGUUGCCCAGAUGGUUCCACCACUACCGCCAGUUGCCCAAAUGGUUCCAACACCAUCUCCUGUUGCCCAAAUGGUUCCCCCACCUGCUUCACCUUUGGUAGCUCAAAUGGUUCCUCCACCAUCUGUUUCACCUUUUGUCCCCCAAACGAUAUCACCUCAACCAUCAUCUGUUCAAUCCAUAUCGCCACAAUUGUUUUCACCAGUUGCACAGACAAUAUUACCACAGCCCGUAUUGCCUGUUGUUUACCAGACAGUAUCACCACAGCAAGUUCCACCUGUAGCUCUUCAACCAAUAUCACCCCAGCCAGUCCCACCUGUUGCUGUUCAACCUGUAGUCCCGCAACCAAUUCUAGCUGUAGCUGCUCAGAGUGUUGCCGCACAAUCAGUUGUACCUGUUGCUGUACAACCUGUAUUGCCACAACCUGUUGUACCUGUGGCUGUUCAGCCUGUAGCAGAACAACGGAUUUCUAUUGCUGUAGAACCCAUAGCACAUCAACAACCAGUUGCUAUGGUUCAGUCUGUGUCACCCCAACCAGUAGAGUUCAUUGCAUCUGAACUGAUGCCACAGCAGCCAGUGGCAACUGUUGUUCCUCAAUCGAUGAUACAGCAACAGACAAUGUCACCUGUGCCUGCCCAGCCCAUGUUCCAGCAAGAGCUAGUAGGACAGGUAAUAUCACAGCCUGUGGCACAGCAACCACCAAUGGCUCCUGUGGCUGCUGCAGCUCUGCCCCAAGAACAAAUGGCAUAUGUACAGGCUCCACAGGCAAUGCAACAACAGCCUUUGUUGGACCAACAACCACCCUCAUUUGUUCCUUCUGCUGCAGCCCCUCAGUUUGCACCACCAGAACAACGGCCUGAACCUGUGCAACCAGGUGCAUAUACUCAAUAUACUCAACCAUCAGAAAGUCAAGACAUUCCAACAAUGCCACCACCUCCCGUUACAUUUACACAAGUUACAAAGUCCAUCGCAAGUGAGGAAAUAAUUGGGCCCGAAAAAGUAGUUUCAAGCGUCAGUCAAAUGUACUCUGCAAUUUCAACUACCGAGCAGCAACCUGAAGCCAUGCCCAAGGUCGUGACCCAGGUUGUUACAACAGAGGUACAGAGGACCACAACAGUUUCAGUUGUACAGGAAAUAGUGCCUGAGGAACCUGCCCCAGUAGCAGUGCCCAUGGAACCAGAGGUCACCCCCAUCAUUGUUGAAUCAAAGCCAAAGCAGAAUGGAAGGAUUCACUACCCUGGAGAUGUAAUAGAUCUUUGCACUUCAAAAGUAAGCAUCACCAUGACUGAUAAAGGCAUGGAUUUGACAGCUCCUGAUUCCAGCCGACAGUCAUUCUCAAGUGAUUCCAGUGGACGGCAGUCGACGGCUGUUCAGCCAGAGGUGGUGAAUCUUAGCCCCGCUGUCACACCAGUCACAACACUCUCUGUUGUGACAGACAGCAUCACAAUUGUCACUUGCUCUGCCACCAUCUCUUCAUACAACACCACUUCGGAAAAACCACUGGAUUUGGGCAGCGCUACCUCUAUGCCUCUUCCACUCACAACAUACAUGCCAUGCAAGCCAGUUUCACAAAUAGUAUACAGAACAGUAAGCUCUCAACCUAAGCCCAUAGCAGCCGCCACUGAAAUCCCUGUGAAUCUGUCCUAUGGGGUCGUAGACAGCAUGGCCAGUGCAACAACACCAGUGACAAUGGCACCUGAAAGUAUAAUGAGUGACACUACUGGAGUCCCCCCUCUAAUUCCUGCCCACACAGAAGCAUAUGCAACAGCCGUAGACCUCAGUACAUCGAAGCCAAUAAUAGUGUCUCUCACCACCUCCUCGGGUGUAGUGACUACAGUUGUGGAGGAUGCUGGGACCCCUGUCGAUCUCACUGCUGGACGAAGAGCUGUCUGCUGUGACGUCAUCUACAACCUUCCGUUCGCAGGGACCUGUAGAGGGCAACAGCCUACUCCCACACCUCCCGAUAAUCGUUUUGGCUACAGAGAUGAUCACCAGUAUGGAACUGCCACCACUCUUGGCAUUUCUGAACCCACAAACUUGAGAAUGUCAGUGUCAGACAGCAAUUUUGCUGAGGCUGGAUUCUAUGAUGGUAGCAAAAGGAUGGAUUAUCAGAAUGGAGCUUCUGAUGGUGCCAUAGACUUGACAUCAGCUACUAAAAUGUCUACAGAUGAAGCUUUGGACUACUCAAGCAAAGGCACCCGAGCCAUUACCUCAAUUACAACUGCACAUUACACACAGAGUGUGCUAAGGUCCACAAAUGGCAUUGUUUACUCAUCUGUACCUGAACCUGUCCCAUCAACAUAUGCAAUAACAACUCAGCCAGGGUCAGUAUUUAGUACAACAUAUAAUGAUCUGGUUGCAGUACCCCCAACCACAACAUUGGAGGCAUUCUCAACCUUACAAAACAUCCCCUCUCCUUAUGGAUUCAUACCAGUGACAGCCGGUGGCCAGAUUAUUUCACAAGAAACUGGAUUCCCCAAAGAAAUGCUGCCAACAGUCCUUGCCAACCUCUUCCCUGGGAUGGCCCCCUAUCCUGAAAUAUAUUCUGAUGCCACCCUUGAAGCCAUUGCUGCUUCACUGGAUACUUUGCUCUCCCCGAACUUCCCUGGUUUUGAGGACAGCAAGAACCCACAGUACCAUGCUGAACGAGAGUUUCUUGAGUUGGAGAAGCUGAAGCAACUGUGCCUUGCUGAAGAACUUGAGUGGGAGAGGCAAGAGAUCCAGAGGUUCAGAGAGCAGGAGCAGCUGAUAGUUCAGAAGGAGCUUGAGGAGUUGCAGACCAUGAAACAACAACUUCUGUUGCAGCAGGAAGAGGAGCGUCAAGCCCACCUGAUCCUGCAACAGGAGACCUUUGUCCAGCAGCAGAUGCAACUCGAGCAGAUCCAACAACUUCAACAUCAGCUGCAGCAACAGUUGGAGGAGCAGAAAAUAUACCCCUAUGGCCGAGACACACUGGGUAAAGAUGCAAACAUACUGGACCAGCAAUAUACAGGCAAGGGCGAUGGACAGUAUUGGCCAGUCAAGGAUGAAAACUCCACACCUGUACCUGGCCAAGACCAUCAGUUAAGUGGGGUAUGGGGCACUGCUCCCACUGAAGGCAUUCCAGCUUCUGCAAGAGUCAGUAAGGAUGGUAAAGCUGACACAAUGCUCGCAGUCAGUGGAAAGAAAAUCAUUGACAGUGGCGUGCAAACAGAUGAUGAGGACAGUGCCGAGAAGCCAUGUCCCGGUAGGAGAAGAAGGGGUAAGAAGAGUGUGGACAGUUGUAUCCAGACUGAUGAUGAGGACCAGGAGGAAUGGGAAACCCCUGUCAGAAGCAGGCGGAGGUCUCGAACAAGUAAAUAUGGAGAUGCUGAGAAGGGGAAGUCUUCUAAGGUCUCCAGUAUUGCCAUCCAGACAGUAGCUGAGAUUUCAGUCCAGACUGAUCAUUCAGGCACUCUCAAGCGUUCACCUGUGCGGGCCCACCUUGAUACUAAAGUCGAUUUCCCUGGGGCUGGAAGACAGCUCAGAGGAGAGGCUGAGUCUGACUCUGAUGAAACAUCAUCACAGAGAGGGCUCCCAGGUCCAAUAGAAAUAACCACCCAUCUCAAAACGGAUGGCUCUACCUGUACACAAAAGUCCCCCAAAGUUCUGUAUUCCCCUGUCUCUCCUAUGUCUCCAAGUAAAUCUAUUGAAUAUAGUAAAUCAGGAAAAGGCCAAAAGAUGCUCACCGUUGACCACUCCAGACAUUCCCCGAGCAGCCCAAGAUCCUUGAAGCCCUCACAGAGAUCCCUGUCUGACAAGGCUCUGAGCCCAACUACUGAGGACCGAAUGACAUCAACCUACCACUAUGCUGAGAGCUACUCUAGCAAAGGAUCCCAGAGUGGCACCCCUUAUGGUUCCCAGAAGAAAGUGAAACGUACCCUGCCACACCCUCCACCAGAGGAAGAGACAGUUGUUGGACCAUCCGGGUACAGCACUGGCUCUGCUCGAAGAAGGAUGUGCAGGAAUACAACUUUGGCUCGUGCCAAAAUUCUGCAAGACAUCGACAAGGAACUCGACUUGGUCGAGAGAGAGUCCUCCAAGCUCCGCAAGAAGCAAGCAGAACUUGAUGAGGAGGAGAAGGAGAUUGAUGCCAAACUCCGUUACCUGGAGAUGGGCAUUAACCGUAGGAAAGAUGUCUUGCUGAAAGAGAGGGAGAAGCGAGAGAGGGCUUACUUGCAAGGUGUGGCAGAGGAAAGAGACUACAUGUCUGACAGUGAGGUCAGUAAUAUCAGGGAGGCAAGACGCAAUGGCCGUGGACUUGAGAGGCCAAGGACUGCUCCGCAGUCCGAGUUUAACCAGUUCAUCCCAGGCCAAGCUGAUGCUGAAUCCCAGUACGGAGAAUACUACCAGUAUGCCCCUCAAACUCAAGCCGACAGCCAUUACAGCCCUCAGCAAACAUUGUACCAGCAGCAGUCUGUGUACCAUCAACAAGUAUCCCCCUAUCAGACCCAGUCUGUCUACUCAUCAGUGCCCAGUCUUCAGCAGUCCCCCCAAUCAGGCUAUCAGCAUGCUUCCCAGCUGAUGCUGAUGCAGCAAAAACCAAGACCAGAACAUGAGCCCAAGAUCACCACCAACUAUGAAGUCAUACACAACCAGCCACUCUUGAUGGUCCCUUCCUCCACUGACAGCACAUACGGUGUUUCUCAGCUUGGAGGAAAGUACAGCAACCUUGAUCUUAGAAUGGCUCUGGAGGAGAGGGGUAGCAUGGCAAGCAGCCCAAUGUCCAGUAUAUCAGCUGAGUCUUUCUACACAGACAUAGACCACCACAAUGCCCGGAACUAUGUUCUGAUUGACGACAUUGGUGAACUCACAAAGGGCACGUCUGGACUUGGUGCCAGUUUCACCAUUCCCGAUAAAGACAUGACUAAAGCCGACCGUCUGCUUCGUGCAGCGGAGGUGAGACGCACGGCAGAGGUAGCAGACUUCCUGGGUAGUCAAGGUAGACUAGCCUAUGGGAAGACUGAGGAGGACACAAUGGAGGAACCAUAUGAACUGAAACUCCUGAAACAACAGAUUAAGCAGGAGUUCCGGCGAGGUACAGAGGGCCUGGACCCCCUCACUGGUUUACCACAUUACUUGCCUAGUGACAGCAGCUAUAGACACUUUCCAAAGUCAGAGAAAUACAGCAUUGGCAGACUCACCUUGGAGAAGCAAGCUGCCAAACAACUCCCUGCAUCUGUCAUAUACCAAAAGCAGCUAAAGCAGAAAAAGGCUGCUCUCAUGGACCCCAAAAUUACAAAGUUCUCCCCAAUUCAGGAGAAUAGAGAUGUAGAACCAGAUUACAGUCAUUUUUUAGCAUCAACCGGGUCCUCGGUGGGUGGGCUGGCCACCAGGGCUCGGCUUCUACAAGACGAGAUUACGUUUGGAUUGAGGAAGAACGUAGCAGAGCAACAGAAAUACCUGGGCUCUACUUUAGGCGCUAACCUGGCGCAGUCUUUAAACUUGGGACAGUCUCUCAACCUCAGCCCAGGGUUGAGAUCAUCAUUGCAAGACGACGGUGGCACGUACCCUAGCGGUACCCGCUCUAGGCCGUCGUCCAGACCCUCCUCCGUGUAUGGACUUGACCUGUCCAUCAAAAGAGACCUGUCCAGUUCAUCGCUUAGGCUAAAGUCUGAAGGUGAGGGCUUGGACUCAUCAUUUGGCCCAGCCAGAGCCAAACCAACUAGCCUUCCUAUCAGUCAAAGCAGAGGUCGCAUUCCAAUUGUGGCCCAGAACUCUGAAGAGGAAAGCCCUUUGAGUCCAGUCGGACAGCCCAUGGGCAUGGCUCGAGCAUCAGCCGGCCCCCUCCCCCCGAUUUCGGCUGAUUCCCGGGAUCAGUUCGGGUCAAGCCACUCCCUCCCUGAGGUCCAACAACAUAUGCGGGAGGAGUCCAGAACCCGUGGGUAUGACCGUGACAUAGCCUUCAUCAUGGACGACCUUCAGGGCGCCAUGUCUGACAGCGAAGCUUACCACCUCAGGCAAGAGGAGAGUGACUGGUUUGAUAAACCACGCGCUGGUCACCCGGGGCAAAAGACUGCACAGCCACUGGACAGUAGACAGAUGAAGUCAUUGCACUACCCGUUCCCACACACUAAUAUGACACUUCAGAGGGACCCUAAAGAUAGCAGUGUCUCAGGAAACGGUUUGGGAAUCCGAGUGGUGGGUGGCAAGGAGAUUCCUGGGUCCAACGGAGAUAUCGGUGCAUACAUCGCCAAACUCACCCCCGGCGGACAGGCUGAACAGUCAGGGAAAGUAGUGGAAGGAAUGCAGGUCCUGGAGUGGAAUGGGAUUGCUCUGACUGGCAAGACCUAUGAGGAGGUGCAAACCAUCGUGGGUCCUCAGAGUGGGGAGACGCAGUUAUGUGUGCGACUGGACCUGAAUAUGCUCUCUGACUCUGAACACCCGCAAUAUCUGGAGCUCCACACACAGAUGAAAGCUGGGGACAGGCAGCGCUCCCCGGGCGUGGACCCCAAGCAGCUGGCUGCGGAGCUCCAGAAGGUGUCCCAGCAGCAGGCCCCCGCCGCCGUGCUCACCGCCCUGGAGAAGGCGGGACACCACCUGCACUCGGGCACCGCCUCCGCCACCUCCAGCGCCGUGCCCAGCCCCAGCCAACCGGGGUCCCCCUCCGUCAACAAGAAACGCCACGGCAGCAAGUCCACAGAAGCCCUGAAGCCUCAGCCACAUCCAAUCACUGGGGAAAUUCAGCUCCAAAUCAAUUAUGACAAAAAUAUGGGUAAUCUGAUCGUCCACGUCCUGCAAGCAAGAAACCUCGCUGCCAGGGACAACAACGGCUACUCAGAUCCUUUUGUUAAGGUCUACCUACUUCCAGGGAGAGGUGCUGAGAACAAGCGCAGAACCAAGAGCGUGCAGAGGAGCCAGAAUCCCGAGUGGAACCAAACUGUCAUCUACAAGAACAUCCACCUGGAACAGCUGAAGAGGAAAACCCUGGAAGUGACGGUUUGGGAUUAUGACAGAUACUCGUCCAAUGACUUCCUUGGAGAGGUGCUUAUCGACCUCUCCAACACCGCUCAGCUAGACAACACGCCUCGCUGGCUCCCCCUAAAGGAGCAGAGCGAGAGUAUCCAGCACGGCAGAGGCCAGCCUCCACAGGGCCCAGGCGGCCCAGGUGGACAGGGAGGCGGCCCAGGAUCAGGGGGUUCAGGUGGGCCGGGAGGUCCGGGCGGUCCUGAAGGGCCUGGAGCACCAGGAGAGCAGUCACCCAAGAGCUCCGUCAUCAAGAGCCGGAGUCAUGGGAUCUUUCCCGACCCAGCUAAAGAUGCACAGAUGCCCACCAUUGAGAAAUCCCACAGCAGCCCCGGCAGCUCCAAGUCGUCCUCGGAGGGCCACCUGCGUUCCCACGGGCCCUCGCGCAGCCAGAGCAAGAGCAGCGUCACACAGGCACACCUAGAGGAGGCUGGGAAUGCUAUCGCCGCUGCCGAGGCCGCCGUGCAGCAACAAGCAGCAACGCGCCUCCAACCAAACAGGACAAACCACCGAAUAAAUGACAACUCAGCCAUGUCUGGUCUGGACGAUGACUUCAGACUGGACAAUGAGGAUAACACAGGGACCAACGCAAUAGACAGUGCCAUCUUCCAGGUCCCACAGAUGAAGAACAUCCCAAAUGGCAUUGACAAGAACAGCAUAGACACUCUAACGUCGGAGGGUAAAACGCAGGUGAUGGGGGAGAUCAAAGUGGCUCUGAAGACGGAGAUGAAGACUGAGGGAGAACAGCUGGUGCUGGAGAUCCUUCAGUGUCGAAACAUCACAUACAAGUUUAAAUCACCUGAUCACCUCCCAGACCUCUAUGUUAAGUUGUAUGUAGUCAACGUGGCUACCCAAAAGCGCAUCAUCAAAAAGAAGACCCGCGUUUGUCGUCAUGACCGCGAGCCCUCCUUCAACGAGACUUUCCGAUUCAGCCUCAAUCCUGCAGGCCACUCCAUACAGCUUUUCCUCGUGUCCAACGGUGGAAAAUUUAUGAAGAAGACCCUGAUCGGCGAGGCCUACAUCUGGCUGGACAAGGUCGACAUGCGCAAACGAGCGGUCAGCUGGCACAAGCUCCUGGUCAGCUCCACUCAGACACAGCCUUGAGAACGCCUUGAGCACCAUGCACCUGAGCAAGGAGGAGGAGAGGAGAAGUAGAGGAGCAGACCAGAAGAGAAGAGAAGAGAAGAGAAGAGAAGAGAAGAGAAGAGAAGAGAAGAGAAGAGAAGAGAAGAGAAGAGAAGAGAAGAGAAGGGAACGGAACGGAACGGAACGGAACAGGAGGAGAGACUUGGAUGAGUAAGUGAACAGAGGUGGCAGUGGAGGUGAAGAAGAAGGCAGAGGAAGAGAUGAAGAAGAUGAAAGGACCGAGGCAGGGAAAGAGACGUAAGGAGAGUCUGCUGUAUCUACACUACAUAGAUAUAUGAAAGAGUGAAAAGGAAGGAGGCGAAGUGGUGAUGAUGUGAUA